GACAAUUGAAUGUGAGGAGAAAAAGUAAAGUAUUUAGUGAGGUUAGGGUUAAAAUUUAAUUAAUAAUAAAUAGUGCAUGGUGUUGUAAAUGUAAUUAGAAAACCGGGAUAUGUGGGAUAUUUAUGAAUACCUCAAGAGCCCCGAAUUGGUGGUUAAAGUCCAAGAGUUUUUUGGUAUUCAGUACAAAGAUAAGGAUGUCCCAGAAACUGCCACAAAUGGUCUCGUCAAAAAUCACUCCGGAAGACGGAAGCAUGAGAAAGUUCAGCACCCCGUGCCAGGGGAGAGCGACAAUGGCGAUGAAAGUAGUUCCGCCGAGGAAGAGCUGAGAUGCCGUAUUACCAAUAAAUUUUGGUAUUACCUCUUUGUUAUGGGAACAGAGCUGGGAGAUGAGAUCUUCUAUGCUUCCUUCAUCCCAUUCUGGUUUUGGAAUAUUGACGGUGCUGUUGGGCGGAGGAUGGUGAUGGUUUGGGCAUUAGUUAUGUAUAUUGGUCAGGGUCUCAAGGAUAUCAUUCGGUGCCCCCGUCCAGGGUAUCCUGUGCAGAAAUUGCAGAAAAAAUGGGCACUUGAAUAUGGAUUGCCCUCAACACACGCUAUGGUGUCCAUUGCAAUACCCUUCUCUGUGCUCAUCUACACCCUGGAUAGGUAUCAAUACUCAGCCACAGUGGGCAUCGUGAUCUCCAUCAUCUGGAGCACUGUCAUCUGCUUCAGUCGUAUCUACCUUGGAAUGCACAGUGUGUUGGACAUCGUAGCUGGGUUGGUGCUGACUGGACUUUUAAUGCUACCCCUCAUUCCAUUCGUUGACUGGAUAGACAUUCACAUUCUUUCGCACAAAUUCUCCCCAGCGCUGGUGAUUGUGAUCUCAAUUCUCCUCAUCACGGUGUACCCAAGCGCCGAUCGAUGGACGCCAACACGCGGUGACACCACACUCUGCCUAGCCGUGUGCGUUGGCAUCCAAAUUGGUGCCUGGAUAAAUUUCCAAGCGGGCGAUAUGAAGGUUCCCACAACGGAGCCCCCAUAUCCCGUAAUUUGGCCCUCACAUCGCCUCCUUGGGCAAAUUCUCUUGCGCACCGUGCUGGGAUUGUGCGCCAUCGUUGCCACACGUGCCAUUGCCAAAUCCGUGUCAUAUGCCUUCAUUUGCGCCAUUCUCGGGAAGUCACGCGAUCAGGUGCGCCAAUCCCCUGAUACCCUUGAGAAUCGCACCAAAAUCCUCGUGGAUCUCUUCUACAAGUACUUCACGUACUUCUGGAUUGGCUUCAACACCCAGUACCUCCUGCCGAAUUUCUUCAAACUCCUCGGCAUUGGUCGCCCUGACUUCUACACAGAAAUUUAGGCCAAAAGGAAGGUGCAAGCUUACGCAUCAGCAUUCCACAAAAGAAUGAAUGAGUUUAAUCUCCAGCAAAUUAAAAUGCACAAAUUAAAUCUUCCAGGUGGAAAAAAAAGUCAAUACCAUUGCAGAUUUUCUGCUCUUUACAAUGAAAAAAAAAUAAAUCAAAACUUUAAUCUUUAUUCUCUAGUCAUUGAGGAUGGUGCAAAGAUAAUGGGAAAUUAUUUUUUUUUGUUUUUCAAAGAAAUCUCGCACCUUUUCACGCAUAAGAACAUCACAUGCAGAUUUUUUUGUCCUUAAGAUUUUUUUUUAAAUUAAUUUAAUUCUAUUACGUCCAUUCAACUGAAUAAAAAGAAUUAGCAGACAAACAACUUGUAGCUCUAAAAACUUUUUUUUCCAUUAAUAUUAAAAUCAUCACAAAAUGCCAAAUAAAAUCACAUUCUGCAAUGUACCGCA